GUGAACCAAACAUGGCCGAAACGGAACAAGAUGUAUAUGGGACUGCGGAACGUGAAUUUAAUCAGAGUUAGUCGUACGACUAGAGUGACCAGACGCACUUAAUAACAAGAUUAACAUAAAAUUUCAACCCAUUGGCGCAAAUAGACCCUAAAUAAAGGAGCGAGAAGCUAUUGAAGUAACAGAGAAACCUGAAGAUUGGGAGAUAUCAACUUCAGCUACUUAACCGCAUCCGACGGCAGAACAACCGCUGAAUCCAUCGAGUGUUGCUGAAAUAAAUUGGAGAUGAACCGAUAUCAACCAACGGAUUGGACAAGAGCUGAUGCCGCACGAGGGCAAGCUGGCCACCUCAGACGAAACCAGGCGGGCCGUUACCGUGAUUCUUCAGGCCGCGCUCCAUUACGUCGGUCUGUGGCAACCCAGACUGAUAUAUUGGAGUGGCCGUCGAACCAGGGUGACGUGGUAACCGGUCAGUCAGUUUCUAACCGACUAGGCCCAGUAGUUACCCGAAGUAAUCCAUCAACUUCAGGCUGCCCGAUUGAGACUCAGGUAAGCCCUAGAGAGGAACGACGACCACCAGCGUCCAGGAUAUCGCGUCUAGCGCCAGUUAUAUCUCGACCAGCACGAACGGGACCAAGAUCUGUUGCUGUUAAAACCUCACCGUCUGUUAUUGAGCCAACACCGCCAGCUCGAAUCCAAGCAACACCUGAUUUGGGUCCAUCGUUAACUGCUGUAGUUUUAUCGUCAACAACUACGGUUCAGGCAACGGUAACUCCCGAGCCAUCAUCAAAACCGGGAAAAUCCAAGAGUGCCAAGCGCCGGGAAAGCCGGCACAACGUACUUCGUCAGCUUGCUAACCAGCCCGAUACGGUUGAUCUAUCAAGGUUAAACAAGAUGCAAAGACACAUGAUUACGAAACAGGGCCGAAAACUUAUCGAUACGGUUCUUGGAGGCUUAGGAUUUGGGGGAAAUUGGCCCCUUCCGUAACAUCGGCCGAUCCUAGUAAUCCGGCAGACCAGCCGCCUAAAAGUCCAGCAGUGGAGGAACACCCGAGGCCGAAGAAAAUUCAGUGAUUUAAUUUAAGUAAUAAUAAAA